UUGUGUUUAGCAUGUAGCCAGGACGUGUUUACUAAUCAUAUUAUAGAGAAUAGCCAUUAAUUAAGAUGUUUUAUCCGUCUGGAUAGCUUUAUGUCCGUCAUGUUUUGGUUGAAGAGAUGAUUUCCCGCCCCUGGUGUCCUCUGGUUCUUCUACUGAUCGUCUCCUCUGGUGGUCUCGCUCAUGCAGCCACUGACUCCGGGAUAAACUCCACCGAUGAGGCUUUCGGCUCGGCCACCCCGGCUCCGGGCGGUACGGCUCAAACCGUGGACCCCACGGGGGUCACCGCCACGGAGGAGGUCACUCCGGAUCCCGGCCUGCUGAACUCCACGGUGAACGGCACGCUGUCUCCCGCCGAGGAGACCACCGUGGACACCGAGGCUCCGACCGAGGCUGCGACCACCGUCCCGCCUGCAGUGACUCCUCCACAGGGCUGUUCCUGUGAUUUAACGCCUGAUUUCUGUGACAUCGGCUGCUGCUGUGACACAGUUGAUUGUGCUGUUGCAAACCUGAGCACAGUGUUCACUGGCUGCCCACCACAAGCCAUAUCAGGAGUAUGUGUUGAGAAAUGGCUCAUGUUCAGGGCCAAUGUGGACUCAUCUCUAGUCACUGUGACUGACUCCCUAUUUUGUGUCCAGCCUGAAGCAGAUGAUGCUGUCCAGUCUGUUCCAGCUGUUGCUCAGUUUCCAUCUUUAGGAAGCUCCUACCAUUUCUCACCACCAGAGCCAACAAGCACCAACCACAGCUUCAACUUUUACAGGGCUGAUGAUGUGAUGCAGACGUAUUUCUCCAACUCCUCUGUGCGGGGUCUCCUCCGCCAGCCGUCACCGCGGGCUGCUGCCUCGCUCUGUGUGAACCGCAACCCUGCAAAGUUCCUGAGGUCUGAGUCUCUGUCCUGCACCCGCAUGGUGACCUCGGAGUCGUGCACCACAGAUCCGACCCUCAACGCCCGCUCCUACUCCUCUGAUAUAAGUCUCGUUAAGAUUCCAAGAGGUGAGAGGGACCCGGUGUCAGAUUUUCUUGUCCCUGUGACUCCGCUGGCUGACUGGCCUGCACCAAGCCUUCAAAACAACUCCUGUGUUAAUGCAGUGGCAGAGGUGGAGUUUGUAAUCGGUUACACAGGCAGGGGUGAACUCGUCCAUGCAGCAGUCAGUGUCGUCCUGGCAGAUGUGGAUUUGAAUCAGUUGCUGUUGCAGACACACUCCACACAGUUCCAGCUGGCCACGCCCCGUCCCACUCCAGGACUGAUCCCUGCUGUCAGACUUCUAUCAGGAUCUCCUGUCAUUGGACGUUUUGGUGAAGAAGUAAAACCUCUGACGUCUCAGGGGGUGUCGCCAGGCGGGCAGUGUUCCUCAGACCCCAGCAGACGAGAGCCUAUCCUCUUUACACACAACGUCAUCACCGGCUGCACAUUCAGCUCCCCGGCCAGUGACUGCUCGCAGCUGCUUUCAGAGAUUUACGGGGUCUUGCAGGGACUCGCUGUCCCCGAUGUGAUCGCCAUGAAUUCCGGCCCUCAACCGGACUGGACCAGAGUCCUCACCCAGGAGUGUCCAGUCGACCCAGAAGUGCAGGAAACAUGUGAAACAGGCUGCACCGUCCCCCUCUCACUCUCCGUUCACAUCCUGUGGGCCCGUCAGGGCCUCAUUGAGCUUCCCCAGAACUACAUCCUGGGCGCCAGAUAUCAUUUCCAAUGUGAAAAAGUGAAGUGUGCGUUAUCGCAGCCCCUCACUCUGACCACCACAGUUACGUUUGCGGACACCACGGUUUACCCAGAACCCCCCAGGGGCCGGCCUCAGCCUCACUGGAAGUUCCCUUUCGGUUUCUUCACCAGAGGCCUCACGGAGCUGGACGGCCCCGCUCUCGGCUGCAGUGACGCUCACAACGCCAAGUGGAGUUUACCGCUGCUCACAGUCGUGUUGCUGGCAGGAUUAUAACUCUUUCACAUAGCAGGAAGCGAACGUCACAAUUUUUUAUGGUUUAUUUAUGCUUUUAUUAUGUAUAAAUAAAACUUUUUUAG